AGAGGCGGUGGUUUGAAAAUAAUGUGACGCAGUCAGAGCUUGUGACUGAUCAUCUUCUUGUUGACGGGGUUUGGCAGGAGCUAAAUGCUGCUGGAGCACUGGAUGAUGCAGUCUGAGGAACUCUGAACUUGCUCCCUGAAGCCAAAAUUUUCAUAUUCUGACCUGAAAUUUGUCGUGAACCUGAUGCUGAUUUCCUGAGACCUUUGGCAGACAUGGGUAAUGGAAUAAACAAGGUCCUGCCUGAUCUGUUUAUUGGAAAUAUCAAAGAUGCACAAGACAGGGAGCUGUUGGCACGACACAAUAUCACCCACAUCCUGUCAAUCCAUGAUGCAGCUGCACCCAUCCUGGAGGGGAUGACGUACCUGUGUAUAUGUGCUGCCGACCACUCUAAGCAAAACCUGACUCAGUACUUCAGAGACAGCAUCAUGUUUAUCCACGAGUCCCGUCUGAAAGGAGAGGGCUGCCUCGUUCACUGCGUGGCAGGAAUGCGCCGCAGUGUGACUCUGGUGGUGGCCUACCUCAUGACGGUGACGGGUCGCGGUUGGGUGGAGUCUCUGGCGGCGGUGAGGGCGGCCAGGCCGUGUGCAGGGCCGAACCUGGGCUUCCUGCGGCAGCUGGAGGAGUUUGAAAACACACAACUGUCAGAAUAUCGAGCCUGGUGGAAGGAGCGGUACGGGAAGAGCCCGUUCAAUGACGACGAGGAGAUCAAAGCUCUUUUAGCUCGGAAAUCCAACUGCAGCAGCAACAGCGUUAUACCCACAAGCAUCAGUCCUGCUUUGGCCUCAGGUGGCACCUGAAAAAAAUGUCUCAAGCCAGACUAGGCUCACCUCAGCUGAAGCUGAAGCAGCCAAGGACUGUGGGCCUCUGCAUGGACCAUUAAACCCAGUAAGACCAGAUCAAGUGUUUGAGAAAACUUUCGUGAUUGAUCCUGCAGACAGGAGCCGCACCACAAACACUUGUCUCUUGGAAAAUUCUGUUUCGAUGUUGAAUCUCAUUUUUGCAGAAUGGCUAAGCAAUCAUGUGAUGGGGGGGGGUUUCAUGUCAUUAUCUCGAGUCCCCUUCGUCAUGUCAUGUCCUUGCCUCUAACUGUCAAAACAACAUGCAAGGGCAGUCAAGCAUGAGACCAAGGAAAUAUGUACAUACAGUCCACAGUGUGAACACAUAAUUAGCUGUGUGCACUCCCCCUGUCAGUUAUGUUAUGCUGUGUCUUGUACUUGAAAUAUGAGUAUUACUUUCUAUAGACAGUGUGAGAGCUGAUAAUCUUCCAGUAAAACACUAUCAAAGGUGUGUUUGGUUUUGUUUGUAUUGUGUAAUGUCUAAAAACAAACUCAAUUAAUGCAGUAAAAACAAAGAUUCAAAGAAAAAGCCUGAAUAAGCUUCAGUGUUAAUGAUUCGCAUCUACACACGACUCAUAUCAAAAUUAUUUACACAUGUGAAACAUUUGUGUUUUGUGAGACAUGACAACAUGAGACUUCAUACAUCAUAUGAGUGUUUUUAGAGAAGUAGUUCCCAACCUGAUGGCUGAGACCCCAGUUUAA